CGCUAGUCGAAGACCAACCGACCAAUCAGAAGUAAGCGAGUAGACGGUGCCUAAAGAUUUGAACUGGAGCGGUGAGAAGGCUGAAUCGCGUGCGGGAUUACGGCCUCUGCAACGAUGGUGCCUGCACCGCCUGCCGAAGAAGGCAGCGUGACAGUAGUGGUGCGGGUGCGUCCACAGACCCCGCGGGAGCAGGAAGCAAAUCGCCAAAGUGUGGUGCAAGUGGCUGGUAACACCAUGCUAGUGUUUGACCCGGAAGAGUCCAACCUGCCGGGCUUCCCUGUGAAUUUCCAAACCCAGGACUCAGCUUCCAAAAGGAAGGGCAAGAACCUGAUUUUUGCUUUUGACCGAGUGUUUGGAGAGAGCUCUACCCAAGCAGAGGUGUUUGAGAAUACGACCAAAGGCAUCCUGGACAGUGUCCUGAAUGGGUACAACUGCUCUGUUUUUGCCUAUGGCGCAACAGGUGCUGGGAAAACCCACACCAUGCUGGGCUCAGAGAAGGAACCAGGUAUCAUGUACCUCACCAUGCAGGAGCUCUACAAGGAAAUUGAGGCCAGGAAGGAGGAGAAGCAUUGUGAGGUGCUCAUCUCGUAUCAGGAGGUGUAUAAUGAACAAAUCCAUGACCUCUUGGACCCAAAGGGACCGUUAGCCAUCCGGGAAGACCCAGAGAAAGGAGUUGUGGUACAAGGUCUUUCUUUUCAUCAGCCAAAAACUGCAGCCCAGCUCCUGGAGAUGCUAAGGCAAGGAAAUCUGAACCGUACACAGCACUCCACAGAUAUUAAUGCCACGUCUUCACGGUCCCAUGCAGUCUUCCAGAUCUAUGUGAAGCAGCAGGAUUGUAUGAUAGGCACAACUCACAACUUGCAGGUGGCCAAGAUGAGCCUGAUAGACUUGGCAGGAUCUGAGCGGGCCUCUGUAGCAAACACCAAGGGGGAGAGACUCCGAGAAGGUGCCAACAUCAACCGCUCUCUGCUGGCCCUCAUCAAUGUCAUUAAUAGCCUGGCUGAUGCCAAGAGCAAAAAGAACCAUAUUCCAUACCGGGACAGCAAGCUCACGCGCCUUCUAAAGGAUUCGAUUGGUGGAAACUGCCGAACCAUCAUGAUUGCUGCAAUUAGUCCUUCUGCGCUUUCCUAUGAAGACACAUACAACACCCUCAAAUAUGCCAACCGGGCUAAAGAAAUCAAACUUUUAAUGAAAAGAAAUGUAGUGAGCUUGGACUACUCUCUCAGCCAAUAUGCUGUCAUCUGUGAGCAGCUCAGAACAGAGGUGGCAGAUUUAAGAGGGAGGCUCCGUGCAUAUGAGCAAAGCAUUCCAGAGCCUAAUUCCUGUGGACCACCUGCUGUCGUUUCUUCUAGUCCUGAACACCAGGUUGAAUAUCUCAGGUCAAAGGAAGAUGCUGUGGGUUCUGAAGUGCAGCUUAAGGGGGAUUGUGAGACAAAGGUGAUCCUGCAGUUAUUGAAACAAAAUGCUAGUGCCUCCUGCUCAGGAAGAAGCCACAUGGAGCAGGAACUAGGAAAAAACCCUGGAUAUUUUUCCGUGGGGUCCUCAAAUCCAGUUGAACAGCAGGAGAAGCUGAACGCUUGGCUGCAGGAGAUGGACAAGAAACAGCUGGAGACGCUAGCAAUCGCGACUCUUCAUGUAGCCCAAAAGCAGUACGCUCUUCUGAAAACUUCCAAUCUUCUCACUCCUGAUAUGAGAGAUGAAUUUGAAGAACUGGACAACAUGGUGCGACAAGGAUCUUGCAAAGCCCCCCAAAUGUCCAUGGAAGAGCAAGUCAGGAAACCAGAGACAGACACCCAUGUCAGUCUGGACCAGAACAUGGAGCAGCUUGUGGAUAAAGCUGUCCUUCCAGCUGCCCUUCCAAUGGCUGAGAGUACCAACCCAGCAUGCGGUCCUGGAGUUUCACCUGUCUCUCUGAUCCCAAGCCCAGCUUUCAAGACACCUUCCCACCCAAUGAAGAAGAGGAGGAAGUCAACAGAGCGCUCAUCACCAUCUGAAAGGAGCACCCCAUCCGGCCCACAGGGGCGGGCUAAACGUCGACGGAAGGCUGGCCCAUCUCCCCAGCAAGUGGGCACCUUGAAGGAAUGGGCUGCUCUUGUGCCCAUGGAGUUCACCAGCACCCCCAUUGUGGGGAAAUCAGUGUCCCAAAGGCCAACCAGUUGCCUUUCCUCACAGCCCUGUCCUGUCACUGAGACAAAGAGACGAGUGCCUUUGGGCACUUCGGCAGUCCAGAAUUGCACUACUCCAGUGCCCCCACACUGCCUGAACGCCACUUUUGACCUCGGAGAGGAUCCUUGCUCUUCAAAUGCAAAGCCUAGUGCUCCUGCAUGUCCUGCCUGGGAGAACAUUCCACAUUUCUCUCACCCCAACGGGGCACCGCUCAUACCCAGAACCUGCAUGCCAGUAUUCACCAUGAAAGGGUCUUCCAUCCCUCGGCCAACAUCCUUGACUUCCAAAGCAUCAACUCAGAAGAGGAGGCACACCACAAACUCUGCCUCCCACUGUCCGGGCGCACCACGCAGCCGCAUUGCCCGCCCAAAAGGCCCUUCCGUGAAGUCUUCUCAGGUUGGGAGGGCAUCAGGAAAACCUCCUGGCACUCUUGCAUGGAAAUGGCGUUAGAAAGGCACUGCAUCUCCUGGAGAAUCAAGCACUAUCUCUGGAUGUGUCUUGUGUUGAAAAUAUUGUAUAUCUGUUUUCUCCCAAAACAUCUUGCCCCUCACCAUUGGGGACUCUCAAAUCCUCUUUUUCUAUGCUAAUUUAUAUAUAUUCUUUUAUUUUGAAUAACAUUAAUUACCUCACUUUACUCUUGUAUAAACAUAUCUUGUGUGUGUAAAGUUUGCGAGUAAUAACAACAUAUAUUUUUAAAUAAACAAGAGAACAAAAAACCC